GGUUCCAAUCAGAGAAAAGAAAGUAGAUUCGUGGAAAGUGAAUUGCUGGUAUACCCGGGUUAGCAGGUAUAAGAUAAUAUUGUUGUUAUUUAAUAUCUUAACAACAAUGUAUUUCCAUUACCUACCAGCUAGACAUAAAACGAUACUUGCCUUCUGUUGUCACACAUGAAGAAUUCGUAUGAGUGCACCUCAGCAACAAGUAAAUCACCAUGGCCAGAUCACAUUCAGGGAAGUUUCCGUUGCCUGCAACAUAUAAAGAACUAGGACUUCUGGGCCCACGGGCGCAGUCUGUGUUAGGUAGUAUACCCCAUGAAGAAAGACAGCUGAUGUUCCCAAAGGAGCCAAUGAGGCUCUGGCAGGCAUCGAGAGCUGAUGGAGAAGAAUUUAUGAAGAAGAAGGCAUAUGAAAAGGCAGUUACAUCUUUCGAGUUUGCAUUUGGCACAGCCCUUAAAUUUCCAGAGAUGUUCAGUCCAUCAGACUUGGCCAAGGUCCGCGUGGACAUUGCUAGUGCACAGAUAAAACUGAAGAAAUAUGACACUGCUUUGGAGAUUUUGCGCCACUCAAUAUCUAUAGUAGAUGACAUUCCAGAGUGUUAUACCUUGAUGUCUCAAGCAUUUCUUGAAAUGGGUGAUAUUGUCAGUGCCUCCUGCAGUCUUUUACGUGGAAUGGAAAAAUGUCAGCUAAAUGAAGAACAACUACUGAACUUUGUCACCACUGCUGCAACACAUUUAGCUGACCUAAAGCUGGGUGUUGUUAAUGCAGGUGAUGGCAAAAAAGAGGACAUUUUAACUGUUGGUAACUUUAAACCCAGAUUGCCUUCUUCCCCUGUGUCUUGGAAUGUUGUCAUCCACCGCUUGUGGCAGCAAAAGGCAUUUGCAGCCAUUGCCUUUAUCACUUCUGGACUGCCUGGUCCUCCCGCAUCAAUCCUUGAAAAUGCUGCUGUUCCUCAUGAAUGUCACUGUGAUGGGAUGGAUAUACAAAGGAUAUAUGAGACAUUAUCACCAGCACAACUAAAAGGGUGGGGAAAUCUCUUGGCUAUAUUCAUCUUGGAACAUAGGGGAACUCUAUCGUGGCAACCAGAGGAAACUUCAAUAAUUGGUGUCAUAAAAAAUUCACUUAAAUCUGGAUCAACAGAGCUUUUGAAGCAUAUUCUUCAAAGUGACAUUGGCACCAACAACCUGGAUGAUCAUAAUGCAUUUGGAGACACUGCACUCCACUUUCUUGUGAAGUCCAGGUCAUUCACUCAGCUUCAUAAAGAAAUGAUAUAUCUCCUAAUCAGUCAUGGUGCUCUACCAAAUAUUGUGGAUGGCAUUGGGAACAUUCCUAUACAGUAUGUCCAGCAGUCCGAAGCGCCAUCUGUGUUCCAGAUACUGUGGGAAGCACUUCAGAAGCCAAAUGAAGGCUUUAAAAAGCGUAUCAGUGACUUGAAAGCAAAAGGAAAUGCAGCUCAUCGAAACAAAGAUCAUCACUUGGCUAUAUUUUUCUAUGAAACGGCCAUUAAUAUCAUUGAUGCAAGUCGAUAUGACAUGCGACGUGACAAAGCUGUACUUUACAGCAACAUGGCAGCUGAGCAUGCCAGAGUGGGUAAUGAUGACUCAGCUUUUGACAUGGCUGAAAAAAGCAGAAAUGCUGAUCCAACAUUCCACAAGCCCUACUGGCGCCUUGGAAAGUGUCUCAUUGACAAAGGGAAUGUAAUAGAAGCUUGCAAAGUCCUCAUGGAGGGACUAGCUUGUGAGGAAGUGGAUAGUGAACAAAAGGUGCCAUUUUUUCAGGAGAUCUGUGGCAAUUUGUCAGCCCUUACAGAAAACCAAGCAGAUGCUAUUGUAUCCAAAAUGGCCUCAUUCUUGCCUGCCUGUUGGCCUAAACUGGUGGAAACUUUAAGCAAAACUGCAUCUGCUAAGUCCUGGGAUGUAAUCCGUUGUCUGGUCUUAGGACCACCAGAAAAAGAAGUGGCCAAGACCAUUAUGAACCCAGGGUGGAAGUAUGCUGACCGAUUCAAAGAUGGUGAAAAACUGAAGGUUGGAUAUGCUAUGUGCCUCAAAGCCCAGACACCAGUCCUGUCCACACUAGCAGAAGUGGUAGAUGGAAAUGAAGGAAGCAAGGUGCGUGAGUGGGCUACAGAUCUGACCUUGGCACUUUUACUGCAAGGGGCAGAAAUCUCCAAACUUGCAACAUCUGAUGAAGAGACAGGCUACCAUGUUGCACUGCAUAUGUGUUGUCUUACAGAGAAGCUUGGCCUGCUGAAGUACAUUCUGUCAGAAGUAAAGUACCUCCAAGAAGCAAGAAAAGCAGUCACUAAAGAAGCAAGAACUUUGCUACAUGAAGCAUGUCUGGAGUUUGGUCUUGGAAAUCACCCAUUUGGCCAAGAACUUGUGAAACUGCUUCUUGAGAAGGGAUUUGACCCUUCUUGCAAAGACAUCUUGCAGAAGAAGGCAGUACAAUAUGUGAAUCCCAGCAGUCCCAUGUUUCAACUAUUAUCUAAACAGCAAGUGACAGAUCCACAGAGUGCAAAAGAGCUCAAGGACCUUGGGAACAGUGAGUUCAAAAAAGGCAAUUAUACAGCAGCAAGUCAGUACUACAGUCAGGCUAUUGAUGUGGUCAAGCAGAAGCUGCCUCCUUUGGACAAUGUGAUGGCCAUGCUGAAACACAAUGAAGAAAAGCACGAGCUUGCUGUUCUUUUCAGCAAUCGAGCGGAGUGUUAUAUCAAGAUGGACAAAGUAGAAGAAGCCCUAAAUGAUGCCAAAGAAAGUGUUUCUUGGGAUGGACAUUGGUACAGGGGCCAUUUGCGAGUGGCUCGGGCUUUGCAGCGAAAGAACAAAACCAAACUGGCUGUAAAAGCAUACUGUAACGCAUAUAAUGCUUUGGAUGAAACAUCCACUGAGGCUCAGCAGAAGGAGGUCUUGAAGGAGCUGAUCUCAACACUCAUCACUAUUCCCUCUGAGAGGUUGGAUCGCAUUCCAAAUCUUGGCUUCGUUCCUGCAGAAUUGUGGGCAAAGAUUUCCUAUGACUUCCUCUGUGAAGCUAUUGAGAAGCACCAGCCUGAAAGAGCUCCUCUUCAUCCAGACAACUGGGAUGCAGCAAACUUAAGUUUUAAUCUGUUUAGCAUGACACCAAAUCCAGCACCAAAACCUGUCAAAGUGAAUCUUAAGCGGCUUUGUACCUGGUACUUAGCACAGAAAGCUGUUGGAACAGCCAUGGAACUUAUUUUGUACUUCCUGGUCAGUGGCUCUGACCAUACUGCACUUAGCUUCUAUGAAGGUGACACAUACAUUCAUGGAGCCAUUUUUGUGACCAUUCUGUCAGGAAACACCAGAGUGUUAGACUGGGUGAUGAACAUGCAUGCCAUACCCAGAGGUGAAGUGAACUUGCAAGACAAGGAGGGCAACACAGCAUUGCAUAUUAUGGCAUGCAAACAUCAUCCACCUCAACGCAUACCCCCACCAUCAUUUGAAAUAGUCACUCGCUGGAAGAUGUGUGAAUUUCUCCUGCAGUAUGGAAUCAAUCCAUGCAUCAAGAACAACCAGGGUCAGACUGCGUUGGAUUGCUUGGAACGAGACUGUGAUCACAGGCUGCGGAAUAUGCUGGAAAAGGCUACCAAAAAGGAGUUGCAGUCUCAGGCACGGGCUGCACCUUCCACCAAACCACCACAGCCACCCCAGCCAUCUCAACAAUAUCAUCCAUCUCAGCCACCUCAGCCAUCCCAGCCACCUCAACCAUCCCAGCCACCUCAACCAUCCCAGCCACCUCAACCAUCCCAGCCACCUCAACCAUCCCAGCCAGCACAGCCAAAAUCUGCUAGUGGAACAAGAAAUAAUAGCAACACAAAUUUAAACCAAAGAGAUGCUGGAAAUAAACCCAAACCAAGGCAACAAUCACAGUGUGACUACUGUGAAGAGCACCUAGCAUAUGCCAAGACCUUAUUUAAUUCUGAAGAAAAACUGACAACAGCAUACUCGAAGCUGGUUAGUAUCCUGAAUUACAAACAUAGAAACCAGCGUCAUGACAGUAUGGUAGCCAAGGCCCAGGACAUGAUUAUUGAGCAACUUAGCAAAUCCUUAUCUCCAGAUGUUCCUGACGUGCUUAUGAAUGUCGCACAAGCACAUCUGAUGAAGAUUCUGGAGAUGCUUGCUUCCAGAGACAAGUGGCGGCAGAUGGAAGUAGUUGUAAGCAAAGCUCGGUCCAAUGAUGUGCCAUGUGGACAGUUUGGAAAAAACAUGUCCAUCUUUGCCUUAAUCGCAGACAAGAGCCUUUGUGGGGCAGAGACACAGAGAGUGCAGAUUUUAAACUUGCUAUAUGCUAAUGGAGCUCAGUUGCCUAGCACCAAGGGAAAGGAAGUGGUGAUCACUGCAGUCCAGCAUAAUGAGUUUCAUGUGGUAGAGAAGCUGAUUGAGAUCGGAGCAGACCCACAGGGACUGAGCCUGGAGCCUGGAGAUACACCUCUACAUGCAGCUCUAGCAGUUGCUUUGGACAAAGAAAAAGGGUAUUUUAGCCUUUUAGAAAAGCUGCUAGAUUUGUAUAAAAAGGACCCAGAGAAAUACUCACUCCUCAACCCCAACGUGACAGACUCAGCUGGCAACACGCUGCUACAUGCUGCCACGAAGGCAAAGUACAGCAAGCACUCCCACAAAGCUGUGGAGAUGUUAGUGUCUCUAGGUGUAUCUGUUGACUCUAGAAACCACAGUGGCAUGGCUGCAAUUGACAACAUUAAGGUGCAUAAUGAUAGGCGUGCCCAGUACCUUCGUGUGACUAGCAUGCCUAGUGGAAGUUACAAGCAAGAACGAAAAAACUCUGUGGCCAACCAGUUGGCAAGGGCAAGGUCCAGCUCAAGGUCAAGAUCAGGGUCUCUGGAGGACCCUAAGGUUCCAACAAAGUCAGCUGAAAAACAUAAGCAAGCCGAAGAGAAGCCAGCACCAAAGCCUGAAAUGGUAAUUGACAAUCGGAACUUCAAAGUAAGAACUGCUAUUGAAAGCCUCCAAACUCAAGUCACAAGGCUAAAAGAGAUUACUUUAGCAGAGGCCAGGGUUGCCAAAGCAGCCAAAGAAAGAUGGCUAGAGAUCACCAAGCCAACUACAGAUAACACUGACAGGUAUGGACCCUUGGGUCCCAAACAGGUGAUUGUUGUGGGGGAGAAGGAAGUGGAAGAAGCAGAGUCAGUCUUAUCAGUUUCUGAUGACAGUCAGAAGAUGGAUCUGAAGGAAAAGGAGGAGGAAGAUGAGGAAGAAGAAAAGGUGGAUGAGACUGAGGAUGCAGACCUGCUGAUCUUUGAUAAUCUGGAGUGGGAAGUGGAGUGCACAUCUGAAGUGUGGAAGGCCAUGCGUGAUAAGCGAGUGCCACAAGCGCUUAAGCAGCGAGUAGUGAAGUGCAUUCAUCUUCUCGCUCAGGGCGAGUGGAAACCUGUCUAUUGCCAACCCGUUCAGGGUCUACCAGACACACUUAAGUUAUAUCAGGCCAAGUUUGCCAAGGGCAUGCGUAUUUUGUGGGAACUGGCUAUUGCUUUCUCACCACGUCUGAGUGAAGAAGCAGAGAAACGCAUCAAUGAGGACAUCCAGGAAGAACUAGCUGUUCGUGGUGGCCGAAUAUACACAGAAAUCAUUCGAGUAUGGGACAUAGUAUUUCAACACCAAAAGAUUAAGACAUCAAUUCAACGCAUCAUCCAGUCCCACCGGAGGGGUGAAGACUGCCUUAUUCAGAAGAAACUCAAAGGUGUGAAAAAUGAACAGUUUCAAGGUGGAUUGUCGAAACGCUAUCCAAUGCUUUUCGCAGAAUCAGAAGUAGAUCAGGAGACCUUGGCAUCCUUAAGUGAGAAGGAGCGCAAACAGAUACAGUUGUAUCCACCAGCCAGUGCUAAUGAACUUGAAUUCCACAUUCUGAAGUUCUACUGCUUCUCCUCUGCAUUAGUGUAUAAUGUUCUCAAGAGUAUUGAUACAAAAAUCGACUUCCCUUUCCGUGUGACUGACCGUGAGCAUGCAGUUAUCAACCUUCGAUCCAAGACACCCAUUUUAUUGCUUGGUCGAAGUGGGACUGGAAAAACCACUUGUUGCCUGUAUCGUCUUUGGAGUCGAUUCUUAGCGUAUUGGAGCAAGUCUCAUGAAAUGAAUGGAGACAGGUGGUUGCCUCGUUCUGUGCAAUAUGCUGUGAAGGAAACAAUUGGUGAGGACAUAGAUAACCCUGAAAGGGGACCCAACGAAGAAGAUCCAAAUGCAGAGAUCUUUGAAGGUUUACAGGAUGGAGGUGUUGGAAGUGCUGAAGCUAGUGACAGCACCACCAGUAGUACAUCUUCGUCUAGUAAAGAAUUGUCUGAUGUCAAGGGCGCAAUAAGAGACCAUGAUGUGGCUGAUGAAGAUACUACCACACUCAGCAGUGGACACAACACAAGGGGAAAAGGAGAGGAUAGGAAUGAAGUUGGGGAUGUAGAUAAUGAUGAAGAAGAAACAGAGGAAACUGAAGGCAAGGCGAAUGAACUACAGUCCCACGUCAUCUACGAUCACCUCCACCAGCUCUUUGUGACCAAGAACCAGGUUCUGUGCAGUGAGGUGCAGAAAAACUUUCGUGAGCUGUGUCAUGCUGAUGAUGUUGCUGCACAACAUGUCACUGUAGAAGACAAUCCGCUUCCUCAUCGGCUGCAGGACAUAAAUGAGUUUAAAUAUCCGCUAUUCCUAACAUCGCGGCAACUGAUCCUGAUGCUGGAUGCCUCUCUGCCUCCACCAUACUUCUUUGAACGCAAUGAAGAUGGCAGCCUGAAGGUAACCAUUGAGGGAUGGGGUGCAGAUGAAGAGAUUUUUGCCUUUAUGCCUCUGGAUGAUGAUUCUGAGGAUGAGGAGGAUGAGUACUAUGAUGAUGAUGGGGAAGAUGAUGAUGGACAGAGGCAGGAGGAUCAGAUACCUGUACCCAGGGCCAAGAAGAAGGACAACAGGAGAGAGGUCACUUACGAGGUCUUUGCUCAUGAAAUCUGGCCUCGAAUUGUCAAAAAAGCAAAGGUGGACUAUCACCCAAGCUUGGUGUGGACAGAAAUUACAUCUUUCAUCAAAGGAUCCUUUGAAGCAUUAAUGCAACCAUCUGGUUACCUGGACAAGGACAGAUAUGAAAACCUUGGCAAGAAGCAAGCGCCAAACUUCACAGGCAAUCGAGAUAAGGUUUACACAAUUUUUCUUGCUUACAAUCAUUACAAGAGGCAGCACAGUCUGUAUGAUGAAGGAGACCUGGUGUUUCACAUUUACAAACGCCUGAAGAUAUUAGGACAGCUACCUUGGGUUUUGCAUGAGGUCUUUGUGGAUGAAACUCAAGAUUUCACUCAGGCAGAACUUACAGUGCUGAUCCGUCUGGCUCAGAAUCCAAACGACAUGUUUCUGACAGGAGACACUGCUCAGAGCAUCAUGCGAGGUGUUUCCUUCCGCUUUAGUGACCUAAAAACAUUAUUCUUCUAUGCCAAGCAAUCACUCAGAGCCAGAGGAAAGACAAGGUUGUUAGAAGUGCCAAAAUAUGUUUACCAGCUGACCCAUAACUACAGAUCCCAUGCUGGUAUUUUGUCGCUUGCAUCUGCUGUGCUUGACCUUCUGGUGGAGUUCUUCCCAGAAUCAUUUGACCGUCUUCAAAAGGACCAAGGGCUGUUUCAUGGACCAAAACCAGUCGUUCUUGAAUCCUGCAAACCUGCUGACCUGGCUGUCUUGCUGAGUGGAAACAAACGCAAGACAUCACACAUUGAGUUUGGUGCUCAUCAAGUUAUCCUUGUAGUCAGUGAGGAAGCCCGUAAUAGCCUUCCAGAGGAUCUGAGCUUAGGUCUUGUGCUGACCAUCUUCGAGGCCAAAGGACUGGAGUUUGAUGAUGUCUUGUUGUACAACUUUUUCAAGGACUCACAGGCAUCUAAAGAAUGGAGAGUGGUGACUGACUUCUUGGAGAGACUGUCACGGGAUGAGGUUAGCAGCAGCUGUACAUCCUCAACAGGUCUUGUUGAAAUCAACCAAGAUGUACUACAUCAGUCGGGGAGACCUCGACCUUUGCACUUUGACCCCAACCAGCACAAGAUCCUCAAUUCUGAGCUGAAACAACUCUACACUGCUCUGACUCGUGCACGAGUUAAUGUCUGGAUAUUUGAUGAAGAUGAAGAGAGUCGCAAACCUAUGUUUGAAUAUUUUAAGGCACUCAACCUGGUCAGGUUUAUUGCCAUUGGUGAUGGGGAGAAAGGAGAUUUGGAGGAAUCCAUGUUUGCUGAAAAAUCCACUUCAGAGGAGUGGGAAAAACGUGGAGACGAGAUUAUGAACAGGAGCCUUUACAGAGUUGCAUCCAAGUGUUAUGAGAUAGCAGGGGCACAUCAAAAGCAGAAUAUUGCUCUUGCACACCAGAUGGCACUUGAAGCUUCUCAGAUUCGUGCUCAUCCACGAGAAAUGCGUGAAGCAUUCCUAAAGGCAGCUAUUUCAUUCUUAAACUGCCUUGAGCAAUUGCCUCCUAGCUCCUCAACUCUAGUUUUGCGUUUUAACCUGAUGAAGAAAGCAGGACUCUGUCUGCAGAAUGCUCGAGAGGUUCUCCUAGCAGCUCAAGUCUUUGAGAAAAAUGGAUUGAUGGAACUGGCUGGGCCUCUGUAUGUGCGAGCACGAAAGUGGCUGGAUGCCAGUCAUUGCUAUGAACAACUGGACAAUUUCAGCCGAGCAAUCAAGAUACUUGAUGAACACGAGAUGUAUGAUGAAGCGAUUGACUGUCUUCAGAGAUACAACAUACGUAAACAGGAUUUUGAAAAGAAAGGCCAGUCAUGUCCAAAAGGUCUGGUUGAUCACAAACCUGAUGAAGCUUACACAUUAUCCAGUCUUUGCUACAAGUCAGCCAAGUUCUUUAGCCGACUUAAGAACCAAGAACGUGUUCUUGCUGCUGUUGAUCGCAUGCCUAAAACAGAGGAUCAGAUCAGCUUUCUGAAAACAUAUGGCUAUUACCGAGAGGCAGCUGAACGCAUGUGCAGGCAGGGUCAGUUCACAGAAGCUGCUUAUAUGAUGCUUCACAAUGGAGAAAUGGACAUAGCACUGCAGAUGGCAGAGGAAGGGGAGAACAAUGCAGUGAAAGCUCACUGCUACUUACUGAAGGCUCAGAAACUGAUGGCCAGAAGGAACAAAAAGCAGAAGAUUUUAGAAAAUAUUGAAAAAACAAACACUGAUAAGGCACCAGAUCGACCUGAAGAUGCAGCUGGUGGGAAAGUGUCAGCCAUGAAAUCUGAUGUAUCUGGCGAAACAGGGUUGAAACAAAAGUCCCCCAGUAAAGCUGGUGCCAAGAUUUCUGGGGAAACUGAUGUGACACUAUCAUCAUCAGAUGAGGAUGACCCUCAGGGUGAUAUUCAGCAUCAGGUGUCAGAGUUGCUGAAAAAAGCCAAGAAUUUGUUUGACAUCUGUAAAGAUAAGACAGGAGUGGGUGAAUGUCUCCUUACAGUAUCAUUGCUACGGCACCGUGAAGACCUUGUGCUUGAGGCCUUCAACAACUUUGCUGUAACACAGCCUGUCUCUAACUCUGCUGGCAUGCUAGAAUGCACAGAGGUUCUUCGCCAGAUUGCUGGCAUCAACAACUUAAAAACUUGCUGUCGGCUCAUCCAUAGCAUGGAGUUGGUGCACAAAGUUGUGCAGGUGAUGCUGAAGCCUGUGUCAGCAGAGGACAAGAAUAGCUACAAUAUUUGCCUCAAGUUCUUUGGCCUAGAAAUAGCAGAAAAUGAUCGUUUGGCCUUUCAUCCAAAACAGAAACCUCGCUGUAUCCAGAUGGCAGGAGCCGUGAACCUGUUUGCAAACAAGAAUGAGAAAAAGUGCAAUCGUUUGGAGAAACCAGCAGGGGAAGUUUGUCUGCAUCUUAGUGAGUUUCUUUUGACACGGAUGGGAAGGUGGAAAACUGAUGCAGAACACUACAUCCAAGAGCAGCUGCCGAAGGUCAUCCAGUGUCAUAGCUUUCAGGAGGGGCAAAGAUGCUAUGAUGUCCAGUUCUGUCCAUACCUUCAUGAAGCUUAUGACAAUCCUUUAACACACACUGCCUUGGACUUGCUGUUUAGUCAUGUGAGACUGGAUCAUGCUGUCCAGUCAGGGGCAGAGUCAUUAUCUAAGAUAAAUGAGACCCUGUAUGAAUUAGCAGGUUCCUACAUAUCAGAAAAUGGUAGGUGGGACUCCACUGAGAGAUUGCUGGAGUUUCUUUUACCACCUGGACUCCCUUCCUACUCCAUGAAUGAAGUGGUUCAGUUUUGUUUUCGAGUGCAAAGGAGAGAGUCAGCUUUUCAAGGAGUCUUUAAUCAGUUGAGAAACUACCUAAUGUACCAAUGGGAACACCCAGGCCGUGUUGGACGAGGAAAAUCCAAAAAUGUUGUCAAGGAGAGAUGCAAGUCCACUGACUGGAUUGUUCUUGCUGCUUUUUUGUCUCCACUUCUGAACCUAGACAUCGAUGUGGACAAACUUUGUACAGACCUGGAAGUGGACCUGUCCAAAAAGAGGCCACGCUGGGUAUAUAAACUGCAUAAAUAUGCACUACUUACUGAUGGUGGAUUUGUCAUGCUCCUCGCACGCAGACAUCUAGAUGCAAUACAGUAUCUCCUUCCAGAUAAAUUUGAUCCAUUUGAAUCGCUGAUCAAGUUCACCAAGUUUACCAAACUUCUUGGAAAUAGAGGUGUGGUUGGGCUAAUGCCAGACUUCCCCAUCUUUUAUUUUUGGUUGGAGGUUUUUACCACACUGGGUUUCUGCCUGGCUGCCAAAAUCAAAGGGAAUGGCUACAUGAUUCUCCCAGAUUGCUAUGUACGAAACCUUAGAAUGGUCAACCUUAACAUUCCUGCUACCAAAGGAGGAAAUCUGCAUAUAUUGCUUGAAAGGUUCAAGAUGAAGCGAAAUCAAGAUCUGCCACUUUUGCAUGAUCGCAUGAGGGCACUGGUGGGAAUGCUGAGUGGAUUUGAAUGUAGAAAAAGAUUCAGUCUUGUUGGUCAUUUGGCACAUCUACAGAAGAAGACACCAAAUACUGAUUUGUUGCUGGAACGUGGCCUGGUUCUGGCACUGGUUCUUUUGUUGAACAUUGAUCAGGGCAACGUCCCUGAUGUUUGUGAGGUUCCCAUUUUACAGACAGUGCACUCACUCACUGAUGAAGAGAUACAGAACAUGCCCUCACGGCUGGCUAGUCUUGUGAGAAAUGUGAAGGAUGCCAGAAGCUAUAGAGAGAUCUUGACUGCUCUGAAUACUAGCUUGACAAACAUGAAUGUCAAACUUUGGUUGUGUCAGUGGCACUGGAACGAGAAGCGAAAAGAUGUUUUAUUUCCUAAAGACAUAAAGAAUAUGCCUGGUGAUGGAAAUUUCUUCCACUUUAAUAAACUGCAGCAUGGUAUAAGGAAGGUUCAGGAAGUUGCGAGUUAUGCUGUGAAUGAAGAUGACUCUGAUGACCAGGAUGUUGAAGGCAUUGAUGGUGGAGGCACAGCAGAAAAGGUGGAAGAGCUGGAUGAAGAUGAAAAAGUGAGUUACAUGAAAAAAAUUAAAGAUGCAGCAGAUCAGGAGGCACACAAAAAAAGUGCCCGCAUAAUCUACAGAUCUAUUAAGUCAUUUAUGUUUCGGAAACGAAUUCCUCAGCUAAAGAAAUGGUGUGUUGUACAAGUUGAGAGAGCUGUUUGCUUCAUCAUUGAUCAGUAAUGCUAUGUGUGGUGUCUGUGGAGUUGGAUUUGAAAAGUCAUCAACAGGAGAGGUUGAAGAGAGUGUUGUCCAUGACGGAGAUGAGGAAGAAGAGAAAGAGAGUGGAGAAAUAGUGCAGGAACGUAUAAAACAGGAACACUUGGACUCAGAAGGACACAAGCGUAAUGCAGCUGAAUAUAAACUUUUCGACAGAUUUACAGAUCACGUCUUGCAAUGCCUUUGUUCAGAUUAGAGGCUCUUUGUCAUUUCAUCAGGUGAAGAAAAACUCAGCUAUGGGGACUGAAGAACAGUGGAACCCUGUUUAUCGUGAUAUUCCUUAUCACUUGAAACCUUGACCACAUUGCUGCAGGAUCUAUCACAUAAGCUGCAAGAAGCCAUUCAGGAAAGAAAGUGGACUCAGUGGCAAGAACUUGUUGGUCUGUGUCAAACUCUACUUCAGAAUUUUGGAAAAACCUUGCCCCAGAUACAACAUCGGUUUGAGACAGCAACACAGCAGCAAGCAGAAGCCAGAGAGAGAGACCACCACCACCAGGAGCGGUUGAUGGAAGACAUGGUAGAAGAUCCAGACAUGGAUGAAAAAAUGGUUCAUGUGGUUGAUCACCCUGUUCAGUAUGCUGCACAUAAUCCUGCUGGUGGAGCUGGUGAUGGUGGUCACAGUUACGGUCGUUGGCGUGGCUAUGGCCACGGGCAUGGGUAUAGCCGUUGGCAUGGCAAUAGCCAUGGGAGAAGUCGCAGUUUUCACCGAGGUCAAGGGAACUUUGGCACUGGACAAUGGGGAGGACAGUUUGUCCCUGACAGGAGAGGUCAAGAUCCACAGGGGCAGUUUUAUGAAGGAGAUCUGCCACCACGAUUUCGGAGAUAGAGACAUGCCUAUACUUACAAUGUCUGGUCCUUACAGAACAGUAAUUUUUGCCAUGUUUGGAGCAUCGGAGAAGCAUAAUUACUGUAAACUUUCUGUUUUCCCAAAUUUUGUGUUUUGUGCCAACUUUUGUCAAAUCCUUUGUUGUUGUCUCCUUAACUACAGAUGUCAUAAAACAGUUUAUUUCUUUUAAGCUCUGUUUUCAGCCUAUGUUUUGUUAUUUCAUUGUUUUACCCUACUCCCAAAUGCUUGCUUAUUAAUUUAUGAUAUUUUGAGACAGUAUUAAAUAAACUUAUCAACAUCCGAGAUAUUGGAUGUUUCAUAUGUACAUUUUUCCAAUAAAUAUUUUGUAAACUUCUCUAAGCUAGCCAGAAGUUUUUUUUAAUGUAUUUUCAUUUUUUUGGACUGUGCAAGCAUCAUGUAACUAUGAAUUACAUUUCUGCUGAUUGUAGAUUUUUUUCUUUUUGAAUUUUUGCAUUUAAACUUCUCUCUGCUUAUUUGAUAAAACAUUUCAUAUAUAGAUUUUCAGCUUCAUCUAAGAAUUUAUGCCUGAUCAUAAUCAUGUUUGGAAUCAUGCUUGAUCAUGACUAAUAAAGGUGAUCAUUCCCUACCUCCCACUUUUUAAAAUUGUGCACAAAGAAAGAUGCAGUUUAUGUUCUAGUUUUCCCUUUACUUAUGCAAAAUUUAUUUAAUGAAUUGAAAGUAAAAAAAGUAUGUUAGCUAGUUCUGUUUCUUGUUGACAGUGCAUCAAAACCACAAUUUACACAGAUAAUGGAUAACACUAUGACUAGUCACUUGUAUGUUGCUUGUAGUAAAAUUUUUCAUGCUGGCCAGGUACAUAACACUUCCAGCUACUCGCAUCUGUACCCACCCACAUAUACAAAUAAAAAUAACUUUUUAAAAUUUACUGCUGACAUGACAUGGCUCACAGAGUUUGAUCUGCAUCAUAGCUUUUAUUGUUUACUUGGACCUGCAUUUGAGAGCUGUGAAAAAUUUGCUUUUCAUCAUACAUAUUUUUAAAAAAAGUGAGAUGUGACUGCUGAAAUUUGUGUUUUUUCAAACAAAAUUAUCACAGGAUCAUCUGUUUUAUUUAAAUGCUAUUGUUUAAUGUUCAAUGUUUCCAUGUGGUAGUAUAUUCAGUUUCCUAUACAGGACAAAUAUUGUAAUAAAGAACCUCCUUGUGCAUUUUGUUGUGGAUCACUUCAAAAACAAAAUUAUAAUUUUUUUUUUUAAUGUCAGGAUAUGCUGCAUAAUUAGGAAACAAGAUGUAUGCAAGACAAAUACUUUUUUCCUAGUCCUGUACGAGGAAAAGGCUUCUAAAUUCAGAUUUGUUACAAGAGAUUUGUAACUGUAGGAUCAAAAUAACUAUUUUUUAUUGUUCUUUAUUCUUAAUAAUAUUUCAUAAUAUAUCUUUCACAGAGGUUUUUUGCUCUUAUUUAUCCAUGAAGAGAUCCAGAUUUGAGACUGUUGUGACUUUAAAGCCUCAGACUGAAAUACCCUAUUUCAAUUCUGAGUUAAAACAGAACAGCUGAUGUAUGCCUUUAAAAGUCCUUGAUAAAGGGCGCUUAAUAUGAAUCCCAUUUUCUUAAGUCAGAUUCUUGAAAUGUCUUGAGGCUUAAUAAAAUUAUGUCCUUUAUUAUCAUAUUGUGGUAAAAAUGAGUGUUUAAUGCAUUGUUUUUGAAUCCAGAAUUUAUUACUAUUUUAACAUUUAGCUUUUGUGCUGUAUUCAUUUAUUUACUGAAUAAUAACUUGAGUCAAUCAUUAUGACUUGGUAACAGAGCUGACAAUAAAAAGUUACCAAGUUUAUCAUCUAAGUUUGAAAGUUAUCAUCAUGACCAUAUUUUUAUCACAUAGUUACAGUAUGUUUUUCAGCACUUUUGGAAUUGUGCUAUCCACCAUUUGAUUAGGUAGCCUCAAGAUAAAGAACCAAUAGAGAAAAAAAAUGUAGCAGUGUUUUUACAUUUAGCAGCAUCUCUGGCAGGACAUUUACUCCUGUUUUCUGCGGCAGAACAUUUACUCUGGGGAAAUAUUUUUUUAAAAGCACAAAUUAUUUACUCAUUGAUCAUUACUUGGAUGAAAGCUGUUAUCUGACCAUUAUUGUUUUUGCAUCAUUGCGAUUCCUUUGCUUCAGAUUUAAGCAACAUGAAAGGGCACAAAAUUAUUAGCCUUUUACUCCAUGCUGUGGAUUACUUUGACUGGUUCAUUGCGUGGAGCAAUUACAAAGGCAUAUGCUACAAUCCAUUGUCAUACUUAUUUUACUGGCAAUAAUGAAACAACAGAUUCAGAAUGGAAAAAAUUACAGAAGCACAGGUCUUCAAAGAUUUAUUUUACUUUGAGUUCUUUGUCAUUACCUGACAUUCGAGAGGUAUAUUUUUUCAAAAUUGCAUAUGAGUGAUUUUGAUUUGUUGUUUUUUGUUAAUUUUUGUUCUUUUUUGCUGAAGGAACCUAUGCAUGUAUUACAAACAUAUAUUCUCGCAAAUUUUGUUUUGUGACUGUGAUUUAAAAAACUGCUGUAGUGAGCACAAUAAAUUGAGUUUUCUUUUAAUUACUUAAAAAACUUCUGAUGCUUAUAGCUGCUGUAAAUUUCCAAUGGGCCUUGUAUAGGAUUAAAGUUACUCCGAGAAAGCUA